CAAACACACAACCAGCAUUCCAGUCCGUCAUUCACGUCACUUCAUUGACGGCCGAUCCCACCCUUCUCCCAGUCUCCGUGGCGGGGCUCACCUCAGCUAAGAUCGCACUUUCUUGGCCUCAACUCCGCUCCGCACCGUGACUUGUGCCGCCGUCCAACCAUCACCGCCGCCGACGCCGACGCCAUCACGGGCCGCCCGCCCUCCGCUUCUCACUCGUCCCGUCGGUUCCCCCCCCUUCGAUGCGUCAGCACAGCUGAAUCCCGCACCACGCCGCAUCUCCCCUCUCCCCCGCGCACGCGACUCGCUCGUCCUCGCCUGUUUCGCCGACGACACGCGUACGACAGACCCCGAGGCUGUGGCCUCGCCGUGCUUCAACCUGGACCUCCCGACCGAGCCAGCGGCCCCUCCUCGCGAGCAGCUCCAAGACCCCGCCGCGGUCGACGCCAUGGACGCAGAUCAACAGCUUCCGCCGCCGCAGCUCGAGCAACAGCAGCAGCAGCAGCAGUAUCAGCAGCAGCCGCCGCCACCGCUGCCCGCCGACCAUGACCAGCUCCCACCGCCCACCCCGUCACAAGACGGCCCCGACGACACCCUCGGCGGCCUCGACGGCUCGCCGCAUCCGCAGACGGGCGGCUUCCCCUUCCACCACCAGAGUCAGUCCCUCGACCAGGGCCUGCCCAGCAGCCCGCGGCAACACGACGACGACCCCGCCUCGAGAUACACGCCGCCCGUCUCCAACGCCACCUCGCAUUCGCGGCCCGCCAGCCGCAUGUCGAACCCGUCCAACGCGUCCAAUUCGAACCCGCCGCCGCCCCAAUCCCAUGCCGGUGACCCCCGGCAGGGCUCCAACGAACCCCCCAACGGCCGCAACCACGUCGUCAUCAAGGUCGGCAUGGUCGGCGACGCCCAGAUUGGCAAGACGUCGCUCAUGGUCAAGUACGUCGAGGGCAGCUGGGACGAGGACUACAUCCAGACGCUAGGCGUCAACUUUAUGGAAAAGACCAUUUCCAUCCGCAACACAGAAAUCACCUUUUCCAUAUGGGACCUUGGCGGCCAGCGCGAGUUUGUCAACAUGCUGCCCCUCGUCUGCAACGACGCCGUCGCCAUCCUCUUCAUGUUCGACCUGACGCGCAAGAGCACCCUCAACAGCAUCAAGGAGUGGUACCGCCAGGGGCGCGGCUUUAAUAAGACGGCCAUUCCCAUUCUCGUCGGCACAAAGUAUGACCACUUUGUCAACUUUCCGCUGCAGGACCAGGAGGAGAUUUCGAACCAGGCGAGGCGCUUCGCCAAGGCCAUGCGCGCGUCGCUCAUUUUCUCGAGCACGAGCCACAGCAUCAACGUGCAAAAGAUCUUCAAGAUUGUGCUGUCCAAGGCAUUCGACCUCAAGUGCACGAUUCCCGAGAUCGAAAACGUCGGCGAGCCGCUUUUGCUGUAUCAGUCCGUCUGAUUUUUACGCCCAUCGAACCGAAAACCGUACCGUGUGACAAACGCGUACAAGCCAACGAGCUGCGUAGCUCCUGGAGCAAACGACGACAGCAAGAACGGGGGAGUUGUCGUCCCCGACACUAUUGCCCCUUUAUAGGUUGCUGCUAUGGCUGCCCGUCUGCCUGCUGGCAUGCAGUAUUGCAUAAUCACAAUUGUCGAGACCAUGGCCCUGGGAGGGCCGAUGGAUCGGCGAUGAGAGAGAAACCAACGUUGAACUCUUGUAACCCUACGCUCGCGCCUUUUGUUUAUUUUCUUUGUCUUGUUGUGGCAUCUGCCCGUCGCCGACCUGCCCCUCCUUCAGGCACGGCGGAUAGGCAGGCUACCGAAUCGUAUAGAAGAGACGCGCGGACGCGUCAGGGAAGGAAGCCGAGAUGACAACUGCGCGUGCGAUCCGCGACGGGGAGCUCGCGCAGAGAUGAGAGAGCGGGCCGGAAGAGCAGAUGUCUGCGCGCCCACUGGGUUGGAUUUUGGGCUGGCCCAGGGAUAACACGGUUCCUCGGUGUUUUGUCGGGGGUCUCCCCCUUUUUUCUCUUUCCUAUCUCGUUGCUGUCAUGGGCUGCUCUUGACGUGCCUUGAUAAUAGCAUGCAUUGUACUUUUCAACUACGGACGGGAGGGGAAGGCAUCGAGGCACAGCCCGGGAAGCAGGAAAAGGGCGGGAGACGACGAUGUGGAUGGGUCAUGGGGUCAUGCACGAAGCAGACCAGCCAGCCGGGCACCAAAAGGAUAGGAAUAAGAACAAGACUAAGAAGACGGAGAGGAAGGAGAGGAGAGCACGUUGGGUGAGGAAGCAUGUGAGCCUUUGUCCUCUCUUGAGCCGAUGACGUGACGAGAGCUGCGAUGGACUCGUAGGCGCAUGUGGUUGGCGGGCAUACUGCCAAGACGGUCGCAGGCUUUGCGAGAAGGAGCAUGGCCUGACGACGCGCACGCACGCA